CGGUUUCGCAUGAUAAAUGUAUGGCAACCCUAGGAUAACGAUUCGAUUCGAUCUUACCAAAAAUUAAUCUGUCUUUUAAAAGAUCGGCACAUCGAAAUCGAUUCAUCGCGUGAAAAACAUCGAUCUUUUAAAAUAUUUAUUCGAAUCGCCCACCACCAAAAGUUUCACGCCCGACGCAGUUAACAGUCAUGCCAUCAGCGUCGCUAGUGUUCGUCGUCGCCAUUCUGCUGUUGUUGCUGCUGCAGACGUUCGCCAGUAUUAUGAACCGGUCCGCCGCCGACGACGUUACUACCGUCACCACGGUUGCCGGCACCCCAGAUAUCAUCGACAACGGGCAGCCGGCCGACGUCAGCGCACCACCGCAGAAGCCAUCGACAAUGAAUGAAAAGGAAGAGAAAAUAUUUCAUGAAAUGGCUGAUAAGGACAAGAUGAGGUAUAACACUAACAUGCAAAGCUAUAUUCCAUUGAAGGGUAAAAACGUGUAUUUUAAAAAACAGAGGCCAAUCAAGGAUCCAAAUGCGCCUAAACGUUCCUUGUCUGCUUUUUUUUGGUUCUGUAACGACGAACGUGAAAAAUUUGAUGAUAUGAAUCGAAUGAAUCCAGGUGAUGAAGCCAAACAUUUAGCCAAGUUAUGGCAUAAUGCUGAUAUCACUGUGAAACAGAAGUAUGAAGCUAUAGCAGAAAAAGAUAAAGCUAGAUAUGAAAGAGAAAUGACUGAGUACACAAACGAGGGCAAGGCAACCUUGUUUCAACAAAUGGUGAUCCAAAAACAACAACAAAAUAUUGUACAGCAGCAAGAAAUGAUGGCAGUAGAAAAUGAAACUGAUGAAGCUGAGGAAUGUACAUGCAAAAUAGUAUUAGUAUAAUAAUAUAAUAAGCUCAUAUAAGUAUAAUGUAAUAAUUGUUAUAAAUUGUAAGAAGGGUAAUGCCUGUUUAAACUAUAAAUAAAUAUGUGAUAAGUAUGUACCUAUACAAGGUAGGUACCUAUAUCACUGCUAUCUUAUAUAUAACUAAAGUUAACAAUUAUAAAUUGUAUUUGGGUACUUACUAUUUAAUAGAUUAGAAUGGUAAAAGGUACUCUCUAGUCUGUAACACUGACCUUAUGAGAUAAAUGUAAUAAACUAUAUAAAGUAAUUUAUA